GGCUGUUUGGGCCCCGGGACUGGGCGGGGGAAGCCGAGAAGGACGUGUCCUGUGGAGUGAAGCUUGGGCCCUCCCAGACAAGGAGAAAAAGGGGGAGAGUGAGGGCUGCGGGAGCCGGGAGGAAGAGGGAGAAGGAUGCGGACCCCUUCUCGGGGGAAGCCGAGGGGUCGCCGCCUGCAGGAGGUGCUCGGAAAGCCCUUCUGAAGUUUGAGCUGCCCUCCGCCCCCACCCCCAAGUGACUCGGCAGGGAUGAUGAAACCGGCGGGGGAUCGAGGAGUCGGGGACCAUCCCGGUCCUAUUCCAGAAAUUGGACGAGGAGAGAAAGAAGAAAAGACAGAUGAGGAAGAGGAAGAAGAGGAAGAAGACACUGAGUUCCUUUGGUCAGCUGCCCUUAGGAAUCGCCUUCCCCGGGGAAUUAGUGUUCUUGAGAAGCUUAUUGCAACCUGCCCAGUGUGGCUGCAGCUGGACAUGGACCAGGACAAGGCAGCGCAAAUCCUGAAAGGGGAAGCAACUGGGAUCUUCUUGGUCCGGCGGGAGAGCCAUCUCAAGCACAUGAUCCUUUCGGUCCAUUUCCCUUCCCUGAAUGAGACUCUUUCAGAUGUGCUGGAAUACAACAUUAAAGAAGAAAAGUCAAUCCUGUACCUGGAAGGAUCUGUUCUUGUAUUUGAGGAUAUCUUCAAACUGAUAGCUUUCUACUGUGUCAGCAGAGAUUUGCUGCCUUUCACCUUAAGACUGCCUCAGGCGAUUUUGGAAGCCAACAACUUUAAAGAGCUUGAAACCAUCUCUAACCUGGGGAUAGGUUUCUGGGAUUCAUCUCUAAAUCCUCGGAGAAGGAGAGAUACCACUGGGGAGCUCCCAAAGGGCUCUGCUCUAGCUGCACCCCUGGCCUCCAGCCGCAGAUCCUCACCACGUUAUGCAAACUGCUCAUGUGAAAUUGAGUUGUCAAUAGGAAAUGACAGAUUGUGGUUUGUGAAUCCUAUUUUUAUAGAGGACUGUAGCAGCUCACUACCUUCAGAAGAACCCCUGCUUCAGAGCUGCCCGGCCACUUUGGUUCCCCCUGUUGCUACCUCACCUGCUUCUAGAAGAACUCCUCGAAGGCGGCCACCCCCUCCUCCUCUUCGUCCUCCUCCUCUUUCUUUUGCUCCUGCUGCUGCUGCUGUCCCCCUCUCUCCUCCUGCCCCCACUGUCUCUGCUGCUACUUCCCCCCUCUCCGUUCCUGUUCCCACUGUCUCUUCUGCUGCCCCCCUUUCUGCUCCUGCACCCACUGUCUCUGCUGCUCCUGCCCCUACUGUCUCUUCUGCUGCUGCUGAUGCCCCUCUCUCUCUUGCUGCACCUUCUCUUUCAUCAGUCCCUCCGCCCUGCCUUCCAGUAGCUAUAUCCUCUGCACCUCCUGCAGGACUUCCUGGAAAGUCCGGCCAGCAGCCUGUGACUCCCUGUGCAAAGGUCACGCCCCGUCCCGUUAACCUAGAACAUAUUGGUGAAGACAAUAAAAAGGAGGCCGUGGUGUCGGACUCAACCCCACAACUCCCGGCAUCCAGAAAGGGCACCCGGCCAGCUAUUCCCCCUAGGAGGAGGCUCUCAGAGAGGCUUUCAUUGGAAAACAGCAGCAUGGUGAAGACUGAGGCGGGGGAUGGGAUUGAAGGAGUGAGGUGGCAAGGAGAACAGCAAGAUUACCCCAGGACCCUCCCCAACAGCCUUCCAACCCAAAAAGCAACAGGUGCGCCUGGAAGAGCAAUGGAGCAAGUCCUCCGUGUGGAGGAACCGGCCAAGGUCGGUGGUUUAGGGAAUGGCCCUGAGCAACAGAAGAAGACUAAACAACCUCCCGUCCCACCCCCAAGGAAGAAGCGGAUUUCCCGACAGCUUGCUUCCCACCUCCCCAGCCAGCCAGAGAGCCCUGAACCCACAGGUGAACAGUUACAUGGACAACCUGCCUCAACUCUUUCCACAACCAGCUCCCCUGCCCAAGAUGUCCCCACCAGCCAUGUGGUGACUCAGGGCGAGGCCAAAGGCACCCCCCAGUCCUUGGGCUCCUCAGAGUUCAGAGGCUCCAUGGCUUCACUGGCUGACAGCCUGGGGACGUCAGUCCUCACCCCAGACCAGGACUCCUACUCGACCAGCAGCACAGAGGAUGACCCGGACCACUUCAGCAGCCCCAACGUGAAGAAGAAGUCCUCGGUGAUCCUGGGAAAGGCCAAACACCGACUUUCUUUUGUGAGUUUCUCCAACGUCUUCAAUGCCUUCCUUUCCAGCAACCGUAAGCUACAAAAGAAAGUGGUGGAGUUGGCCCAGGACAAGGACUCGUACUUCGGCAACCUGGUCCAGGACUACAGAGUGUAUAGCUUGGAGAUGAUGGCCAAACAGAACUCCAGCACAGAGAUGCUCCAAGAAAUCCGGAUGAUGAUGACCCAGCUGAAGAGUUACCUGCUGCAGAGCACUGAGCUGAAGGCCUUGGUGGACCUCACCCUACAUUCCGAGGAAGAACUGGAAGCCAUUGUGGAGUCUGCCUUAUAUAAAUGUGUGCUGAAGCCCCUGAAAGAAGCUAUUAAUUCACACCUCCAGGAUAUCCACAGCAAGGAUGGGUCCCUGCAGCAACUAAAGGGAAAUCAGUUAGUCAUCUUGGCCACCACCACCACUGACCUGGGUGUGACGACCAGUGUGCCAGAAGUUUCCGUCAUGGAGAAGAUCCUUCACAAGUUCACCAGCAUGCACAAGGCUUACUCCCCUGAGAAGAAGAUUGCCAUCCUGCUCAAGUCCUGCAAACUCAUCUAUGAUUCCAUGGCCUUAGGAAACCCAGGGAAACCCUACGGAGCUGAUGACUUUCUUCCGGUCCUCAUGUACGUCCUGGCCCGCAGCAACCUGACAGAAAUGCUUCUCGAUGUUGAAUACAUGAUGGAGCUCAUGGACCCAGCCCUGCAGCUGGGGGAAGGUUCCUACUAUCUCACCACAACCUAUGGGGCCCUGGAACAUAUCAAGAACUAUGACAAGAUCACUGUCACAAGGCAGCUGAGCGUGGAAGUACAGGAUUCCAUCCAUCGCUGGGAACGCCGCCGGACCCUGAACAAGGCCCGGGCCUCUCGCUCAUCUGUGCAGGACUUCAUCUGCAUCUCCUUCCUGGAGCCGGACAACCAAGCCCGGACACUGGCAUCAAAGUCAGACACUUUGGCCGAGCAGCUGAGAGCACAGUGUGCUGAGAAAUUUGAAGUGGCCCAGCCCCAAGACCACAGACUCUUUGUCCUGGUGGACGGCAAGUGCUUCCAGCUGGCGGACGACUCACUUCCCCACCACAUCAAAGCCUACCUACUAAAGAGCGAGCCCAAGAGGGAUUUCCAUUUUAUUUAUAAAGAGAUGGACAGAGGAGACACCCAGACCCCCAUUGUAAAGGAUCCAAACUUUCUCUGAAAGCAAGGCUGUCCUUGCAGCUCCUCAUGUAUGAAGGCAGAGGUGUGCUCAUGGUGUUUACAGUGUGGGAUUCAGGCCUGAGAUUUGGAUCUCACUAAUAUGCAGUAUUUUCCCCAAGAUGUCCCCUCUUACUAUUAGAAGAAAAUUGUUGUGGACCAGAGCAAUAAAUUGUACACACGCACGCACACACACACACACACACACACACACACACACAUACAUCUUCAGAGCUUAGAAUCAUCAACUACUUCUCACAGUACAUUAAAAGCAUCCAGUCCAACCUUCUUCAUUUUAACAACGAAUAGAGCCCCAGAGAUGAGAAAUGACUUGCCCAAAAGGGUCACAAAACUAGUGAGAAGUAAAGUUGGGAUGUUUCAAACUCAGGACUCUUGUUUUGGACCCCAAAGGGAGGGACUCUCUCCGCUAUGGCUCCUCCCUGGGCCAGGAAGCCUGCCCAGGAAAAUUACCCCCAAACUGUAGUAGACAGGACUACCUGACCUUGGGGGAAGGGAGGACAAGGAGGUAGGGGGCUACAGCUCUGCUUCAAGACCAAUGAGGCAAUGGCAAUUGGCCAGGUGUGGAUCCCACCUUGGGCCCUCCAUGAACCAGUCCUUUUGAAGUGGAGCCCGAAUGUGAGGGCUCAUGAAGACUACCCAGAGGUGGGUUAGCACAUGAAUCUCUAAAUCACUGCGCAGUGAUAGGUUUCAGAAAUCCCUCUGGCACCGUAGCAGGCUACGGGAACGCUCAGGACUUCCAUGGGAUACAGAAUUGGAGGCUUUGCCACCGUCACUUUGGCUGGACACCUCUGGGGCCAGGGAAAGGGGCAUCCCAAUCCCAUCAACCCCACUGUCCUCAGGAAUGUUUACCUUGUCACAAUGAAGAAUAGAGCCCCAAUUAUCCUUCUCAACUGAAGGGAAAACUGACAGGAACACAUUAACAAGGGAGGUAGGGACUCAAUGUUUGGGGGCAUUGUGUAAGUGUAAAGUACUUGUGUUCAAUAAACAUAAUUUUGAAGCUGC